AUGGAUGAUUUAUUAGAAGAGAAAUGUUCUUAACAUGAUUUAGAAUUUAUCGCAGUUAAAAUUGGGUUAGAUAAUUAAGACUAGAAUAAAUAUUUAUGUCCUCAAUGUUUAAUUGAAUUAAUAAACCCAAAAGAGUUGAUACUAAUUAGAGAAGCAAAACGAUAAAUACAGAUUAAAAAAAACUAAAUUUCAAAAAGUAUUGAAGAAGAAUGCAAACAAAAAAUAAACUUAGCCACUAAUCUGAAAAAUAGUCUUUAAGAGAUAAAAAGUCCUUUCGAAUAACUAUUUAUAAAACUCAAUGAAGAAAUUGAUUAAUUUAAAAUCUAAAAUGAAAAACAGAAGUAAGAAAGUCAGAUAAUUACACCUGGCAACUUAGAUACAGAUUUAGCAUUAUUAGCUGAUGAAGAAACUAAUUAGUUAUAAUAAAAGACUUAAGAAAAUGAUUUACUGUUAAUAUAGUCAUUACUCAAAUAAUUUUAAUUUUGCCAAAUAUCUAGUCUUUCAAAAUAAAAGAUUAUAGAAAUUAUUUCAAAAUGUAUUGAAGAUGAAAGAAUUUAAAAUGCCAAACUAACCCCAUCCUUAAAGUUUCGAUGUUAAAAUCAUGGUUAAGAAAUUAUUAUGGUCUAACUUGAUCAUCAAAAUAAGAAGCUUGAACAAUACUCUUGUGUUUAAUGUAUUUCAGAGAAUUAAGGAAAGUAUAUGACACUCUAGUAAUUGUAGAAAUCGAUUUAAGAUUAUUAUUAAGUAUCAGAAAAAUCAUUAAAAUAUUGUUAAAAAUUAAGAAAGAAGCAUACAAAUGAGAUAAUUAAAUUCUGUAAGGAAUUAUGUGAUAAAUAUGUUGAAAUCAUAAAUUUACAUAUUAAAGAAUUGGAAGAAAAUUUUAAGUCUUUUGAAAAGAUAAUAGAAACAAACCUAUAAUUCAAGGAUCAUAAUAUCUUUUAAUUAGAAUUGGAGGAAAUAAAUUAGAUUUUAUUGCCAUUAUGCUAAAAUUCAAACUAUUAUUAUUAAAUAAUUGAAUAAUAAAUUGAAUUAGACAAACAAUUAUAUGUCAAAUUUGAAGAAUAAAUACAAGAAUUUUGUGAAUUUUCAAGGGAAAAAUUUAAUUUAAUCAAGCUUGAAUAAGAGGAUCAUUAAAACAUUUUGAAAAAAUUAGAAGAAGAUUAACAAUAAGAUUAAUUAUAUUUAGAUAAUGAAAUAAACAGGGUUCAAUCAAAAUAUAUGAAAAAACACCCGCCUGCUAAAAAAAAGAGAAAUUUAUGA